CCAGCCCCCUGCACCGUGUGGAGCUUCAAUAGCGCAGAGCAGCGUCUACAGCAAAGUACUCCUCCUCACUCCCAGACUACCGUAGUGUUGUAAGUGUGUGUGUGUGUUUACCGGACCGAACGACAGACAUGGCAGAAGUCGCACCAGCACCCGCCGCCGCCGCGCCGGCCAAGGCACCCAAGAAGAAGGCAGCAGCCAAGCCCAAGAAAGCGGGACCCAGCGUAGGCGAGCUCAUCGUCAAGGCGGUGUCCGCCUCCAAGGAGAGGAGCGGCGUGUCCCUGGCCGCGCUCAAGAAGUCUCUGGCGGCAGGCGGCUACGACGUGGAGAAGAACAACUCCCGUGUCAAGAUCGCCGUCAAGAGCCUCGUCACCAAGGGCACCCUGGUCCAGACCAAGGGCACCGGUGCCUCCGGCUCCUUCAAGCUCAACAAGAAGGCCGUCGAGGCAAAGAAGCCCGCCAAGAAAGCCGCAGCCCCCAAAGCUAAGAAGGUGGCCGCCAAGAAGCCCGCCGCCGCCAAGAAGCCCAAGAAGGUAGCAGCCAAGAAGGCCGUGGCCGCAAAGAAGUCCCCCAAGAAGGCCAAGAAGCCCGCUACACCCAAAAAGGCCGCCAAGAGCCCAAAGAAGGUGAAGAAGCCCGCCGCAGCGGCGAAGAAAGCGGCCAAGAGCCCCAAGAAGGCUACCAAGGCAGCGAAGCCCAAAGCCGCCAAGCCCAAGGCAGCCAAGGCCAAGAAGGCAGCCCCCAAGAAGAAGUAAAGCUAUUACAAACAGUGUUCUUUCUACUCGACACAUGUUGUUACCACAAAAGGCUCUUUUAAGAGCCACCCACCUCUUUCCAUAAAAGCGCAUGUCAUUCCAUGU